AUGCCCCAAGGACCUGGAACGCUGUCUCAACCAAACUGGAGAACGGCCAUCAACGACCGGGAAUUUGAAUCUGCAGCAGAGUACAACAAGGCCCGUGAGGACCUCCAAGCGGCGGAGAGAGCCAUCGCGUUUGGUGCUGAAACUCUCGCAACUUCAUCAGAUAUUGAAAAGCAGGCUUCUGCGCUUGUCCAGAAAAUCAGAGAAUACGACCGGGAUCAUACUUAUGGGCGCGCUUUUGACGAGCAGGGGCGUGCUACGGGGAAGAGAAGCGUGGGGCAACACUUUCUGGGCAAUGUCGACCUUAUUAAUGGAACCUGGUUAAUGAAUGUCGCAAAGCGGAUGCCAAAGGGCGCUCAUCUUCACAUUCAUUUCAACUCCUGCCUUCCAGCGAAGUUCUUAAUUCAACAAGCACGUGAUAUCGAAGCAAUGUACAUUCGAAGUACCCUUCCCUUGACGAACACGUCGAAUAUGGCUCAUUCUCGGAUUUCUUUCAUGGUCAUGACUCCUCACGAGGCCACUCAUGUUAGAUCUGCAGAUGGUACCGAGAGGCACGUGCCUCUCGGCAACGUCUUCGAUGAGGACUACAUUCCCAAUACCUGGAUGUCAUACAAGCAAUUCCAGGAGCAAUUUGAAUUUGUUGACGAGCACAACCACGUGUUGAAAGAUACCCCUGGGGCGGAGCUUUGGCUUGAGAGGAAGAUGCAGAUAUCAGAAGAAGAAGCACAUGCGACGUAUCAAACCGGUCGAGGCAUCUGGGAAAAGUUUAAUCACCGCACUCAAAUGAUGAAAGGUCUAUUUGCGUAUGAAUCCGCGUUUCGAAAUUACACUCGCGCCUGCGUGGAAGACUUCGUCAAGGACAACAUUCAAUAUGCUGAAAUAAGGCCGAAUUUUAUGAGCACUAAUUCUCUAAAAACGGAUGAUGGGAAAAGCUCUAUCGGCAAUGAAGGGAUUCUGAAGAUCAUUGAUGAGGAGCUCAAGAACACCAUGGAUAAACUCAAGCGGGAAGGUAAAUAUUUUGGAGGCAUGAAGGUUAUUUACUGCACGCCCCGGUCAUUCAAAAAAGAGCAGGUUGAAACCGCUCUAGAUGAGUGUAUAGACUUGAAAUUAAAAUAUCCGGACCUGCUUUGUGGAUUUGAUCUCGUCGGACACGAGGAAAUGGGAAACGAGCUUCGCCACUUCAUUCCUGAGUUUCUCGCAUUUCGCCAGAAAUGCAAAGCUCAGGAUCUGGAUAUCCCUUUCUUAUUUCACUGCGGUGAGACACUCGAUGUUGGAGGGAAAGCGGACGGUAACCUAUUCGAUGCUAUCCUCCUGAAAUCCAAGCGUAUCGGCCACGGUUACGCUCUCGCAAGGCAUCCUCUACUUAUGGAAAUAUUCAAGGAGAAGAAAAUCGCUAUUGAGUCAUGUCCCAUCUCAAACGAGGUCCUGGGCUUGACUCCAGUUAUGGCUGGACAUAAUCUGCCUAUUCUACUGGCGAAUGACGUACCUUGCACUGUCAACAGUGACAAUGCGACAUUCUAUAGAUCAUCAUUAUCACACGACUUCUAUCAAGUAAUGAUAGGCUCAGAAUCGAUGAACUUGCUUGGCUGGAAACAGCUUGCAAAAUGGAGUUUGGAACAUAGCUGUAUGUCUCCCAAGGAGAUGGAAGGCGUCACAGCGGAGUGGGAAACUCAGUGGCACGACUUCUGUCAUUGGAUAGUCGACGAGUACGGUCCAAAGCUAGAGAAUUGGGAACCAGCGCCGGGCCGCCACUGA